AUUAAUAAUGGGAUCCCUUCACAAAAGACUCUUGAACAAAAUUUCUGACAUUCUUAAUAUUUUCAAAGUGAGGAUUAAAUUUCCAGGCAGAACAUCUUUCCAAAGAGAUGUUGAAGAAGAAGAGAUUCAAUAUGAUGACUCCACCCUUUGUCUCUCUUCCUCCUACUACAGCGUUUUCGUCGUUCGUCUUGCUAUCAUGGUUAUGCUGGCAAUCUUGAUAGGCCUGCUAACUUUGCUGACGUGGCAUAUUACAAGAGUUUACACUACAAGAUCAUUGAACACGUUGGCGUACGGUCUUCGUCACGAACUCCUACAACGGCCCAUUUUACGUAUGUGGAAUAUUCUCAACUCUACCGUCGAAGUUGCAACCGCCCAAGUCCAGCUCUCCGAGUCGGUCAUCAGACGCUACAACAAGCCCGUCGAUCAAGCACAACAAGUUGAGCUUUACGAAGUUAUGAGGGACGUAACAUGGGCGUUGUUUUCGAGCCGCAAGGCGCUCAAAUCGUUAACUAUGAACUAUAGGAAUGGUUUCGUCCAAGCUUUUCACAGAAGUCAUAAGAACAAUCAUACUUAUUACAUAUACUCCGACCUCGUCAACUACUCGAUUAGUAGGUCAUAUGAUGUUAACGAGCUUUCGUCUCAUCAAGGAUGGAAUGAUCAAUCUAUACACGGCAAUAUUUCCGCAAUUUGGUACCGAGAGCCUCUUGAUCCUCUCACUGGCGUAAAAAUCGGAAAAGCCACACAGAUCCCACCGGACGAGCUGAUCAACAUUGCAGGCAUUUCGCAGGUUCCAGACGGGACAGCAUCUUGGCAUAUAGCGGUGAGCAAGUACACCGAUUCGCCUCUUCUCUCGGCGGCACUUCCCGUGUGGGACCCGUCACACGAGAGCAUAGUAGCCGUUGUGGGAGUUACCACAGCACUCUACAGUGUAGGACAGUUGAUGAAAGAGCUCGUCGAGUUCCACAGCGGACACAUUUAUUUAACCUCUCAAGAGGGUUGGCUUCUCGCUACUUCCACUCGUACCCCUCUCCUCAUGAACUCAACCACCGGCCCGAAAUUAAUCAUGGCCGUCGAUUCUCAGGAUAGCGUGAUACGAUCCGGUGCCGAGUGUUUGCAGAAGAAAGCAUACGGCGAUAAGUUUCCGCCUAGUCAAGAAGUUCAUUUGGAGAAUGUUAAGCUUGGGAGUGAGCUUUAUUAUAUUGAUUCCUUUUUCUUGAAUUUGAAAAGGCUUCCUAUGGUUGGGGUGAUUAUUGUGCCGAGGAAAUAUAUAAUGGGGAAGGUGGACGAAAAAGCGUUCAAGACUUUGAUGAUAUUGAUAUCGGCGUCUGUGUGCAUUUUAUUGGUCGGGUGCUUUUGCAUAUUUAUAUUGACAAACGGAGUUUCGAAGGAGAUGAAGUUACGUGCGGCACUUAUAAGUCAUUUAGACGCAAGAAGGAAGGCCGAGGCGUCGAGCAACUACAAAAGCCAAUUUUUAGCUAACAUGAGUCACGAGCUCCGAACGCCUAUGGCUGCGGUGAUUGGUUUACUAGAUAUUCUUGUGAGCGAUGAUUGCCUUACGAACGAACAACGCUCGAUGAUUACACAAAUUCGUAAAUGUUCGACCGCUUUGCUCCGUCUUCUUAACAACAUUUUGGAUCUUAGUAAGGUUGAAUCGGGCAAAUUAGUACUCGAAGAAACGGAGUUUGACAUGGGACGAGAACUCGAAGGGCUAAUCGAUAUGUUUUCGGUCCAGUGUAUUAAUCACAAUGUGGAAACUAUUCUUGAUCUCUCUGAUGACAUGCCGAAGAUUGUUCGAGGAGAUUCUGGUAGAGUUCUUCAAAUAUUCGCGAAUCUGAUAAGCAAUUCGAUCAAAUUCACUACAUCUGGAUAUAUUGUUCUGCGCGGAUGGUGCGAGACGGUACCGAACACCGAUCAUAAGAUGAAAUGGAAACGCAAGAAAGAUAACAAAAUGAUUCUUUGGUUCGAAGUCGACGACACUGGCUGCGGGAUUGAUCCUAAUAAAUGGGAAUCGGUAUUUGAAAGUUUCGAGCAGGCCGAUCCUUCAACAACUCGACUGCAUGGUGGAACUGGUCUAGGCCUGUGCAUUGUACGAACGUUGGUAAAUAAAAUGAAUGGAGAAAUAAAAGUGGUGAAAAAGAGUGGGCAUGGAACUUUAAUGCAGCUAUAUCUGCUUCUCAACAUGCCUCCCGAGAGUACGACGAAGCAGAAUUACCAGUUAAAUUUCGACGACCACAAUCUGACCGUGUUGCUUGCACUCAAUGGUAGAAAGACGAAAUCGAUUCUCAAUCAGUGGUUACGUAAAAACGGGGUCCACACACACGAGGCAUCCGAAUGGAACGAGCUCACGCUAAAUCUUCACGAAUUCUUCAUAGAAUACUCCGAAACUCGAAAAUCAAAUUUGGAAAUUAUUAGUAAGUCGAUUUUCGUAAUAAUUAUCGAUAUUGGGAUGCUCGAUUUGACUACCGGACUGUGGAAGCAACAGCUCAAUUUUCUCGACGAAUAUUGCAAAGGCAGAGCCAACUUUGCAUGGAUACUAAACCACGACACCUCGAAUUCUAUAAAGGCGGAGCUUCGUAAAAGAGGGCAUCUUUUAAUGGUUAAUCGGCCUCUCUACAAAGCAAAAAUGAUCCAAAUUUUCGAUUCGGUCAUUAAGGAGAGAAAUAAUUUAUCGCAGCUCGAAAAUAAUAUUUUAUUAGGAGAAGACGUUCAAUUUCACGAACUUGUCGAAAUUGACGAUAAUCUCCACUCCGAUGAUUCUGACAAGUCCGAGAAUGAUUGUUGCAAUACUACUAGUGUAAUGAGAGAAUUUAACGGCUGUAAUAGAAAUAUUGGGAUUAAUUACGAAGAAAAAUCGCUCGAGGGUUUGCGCGUACUUCUUGCCGAAGACACUCCGGUGCUACAAAGAGUCGCGAAAAUAAUGCUCGAGAAAUUGGGAGCGAAAGUAGUUGUUGUAGGAGAUGGGAUUCAAGCAGUUGAAGCUCUCGAUCGUGAUGGAAAAUACGACUUGAUUUUGAUGGAUUGUCAAAUGCCGAAAAUGGAUGGAUAUGAAGCGACGAAAGCUAUAAGAAGAUCGGAGUUAGGGAGUGGUAUGCACGUUCCGAUAGUUGCAUUAACUGCUCAUGCAAUGUCUUGUGAUGAAGCAAAAUGCUUGCAAGUAGGUAUGGAUGCUUACCUAACAAAGCCGAUCGAUUGUAAACGAAUGAUUUCGACUAUCCUUUCGUUGACUAAGCAAAAUGAGUGACGAACACGAGACUCGUUCGACAAACACGAGAAAGAUUAUAAGAGCUACUAAGUGUGGUAUACAGAGUAUCGGCACCUUUUUUUUGUAUCGAAACAGAGACAAUUGUAAAUGUAGUAAAAUUUUGAUCCUCAAAUAAAGUAUUUUGCAGGUGAUUCAG